GACCUAAUCUACUGCCACUUGGCACUUGAUUUGGUCAAACACAAGCAGUUGCAACACAGUGGUCGCUUCUUUAAUCUGCCUUCAGCCUGAUUAUAUAUUUUCUUCCCCGUCAUCGUCCUCCUCAGAUUUUCCCACCACCAUUAUCAGUCUGGAAAAGAAUUAAAACCUGUGAACCCAGAAGCAAAAAGAUGGCCGGUCAAAACCAGAAAUACCAACUCCACAUAUUCUUCUUCCCUUUUCUCGGUCAGGGCCACAUGAUACCCACUGUUGAUAUGGCUAAGAUUUUCGCUAGCAGAGGCAUCAGAGCCACCAUUAUCGCUACCCCUUUCAACCUUCCACUCACCUCCAGAUCCAUACAAGAAUCCGUAGCUCUUGGCCUCCCCAUCAACCUCGUACCCAUCAAAUUCUCAUGCCAAGAACUUGGCUUGCCAGAAGGCUGUGAAAAUGCCGAUGCUAUCUCAUCCCCAUCACUGUUUCAUAUCUUCUUCAAAGCAACGACGAUGCUUCAAGAGCCUCUUGAGCAGCUCUUGCAAGAACACCACCCAGAUUGCCUCGUUGCCGGUUCGCUCUUCCCGUGGGCCACUGAUUCUGCAGCCAAAUUUGGGAUUCCGAGGAUAGUGUUUCAUGGGACUGGGUUUUUCCCCUUGUGUGUGAGUGAAUCUAUAAGCCGCCACCAACCUUACAAGGAUGUCACGUCAGAUUCAGACCCAUUUGUGAUCCCUCAUCUGCCAGGAAUCGAGAUUCAAAUGACAAGGAUGGUUUUGCCUACUUACGUCAUCACCGAUGAAGUUACUUUCAUCACGAGAUUGUUUAAAGCCGCAAAGGAAUCAGCGGUGAAGAGCUUCGGAGUGGUGGUGAAUAGCUUCUACGAACUGGAGGGGAUAUAUGCAGACCAUUAUAAGAAAGCACUUGGAAGAAAAGCAUGGCAUAUAGGCCCUCUUUCUCUCUGCAACAGAGACAACAAAGAAAAAUCAUACAGAGGAAAGCAAGCUUCCAUGGAUGCACAGUACUGCUUGAAGUGGCUCGACUCCAAGAAACCCCACUCAGUUCUCUACAUCUGCUUCGGAAGUAAAUCAGACUUCACCGAAAAUCAGCUCAGAGAAAUAGCCAUGGGUCUGGAAGCUUCUGGACAGAACUUCAUCUGGGUAGUGAGGGAAAGCAAGAAGGACAAGGAAGAAGAAGGAGAUAGAGAUCGAGAUCAAGAUCAAGAUCAAGGGUGGCUCCCAGAAGGAUUUGAGAAGAGAAUGGAAGGGAAGGGGCUGAUCAUCAGAGGGUGGGCCCCACAAGUGUUGAUUCUGGAUCAUGAAUCCACCGGUGGGUUCGUGACGCACUGCGGGUGGAAUUCAACACUGGAAGGAGUGAGCGCAGGAGUACCAAUGGUGACCUGGCCUGUGUCUGCAGAACAAUUUUACAAUGAGAAGUUAAUCACAGAAGUGCUGAGGAUUGGGGUGGCAGUGGGCGUUAAGAAAUGGGUUCCUCUGGUAGGGGAUUAUAUAGAGAAGGAGGCGAUUGUGAAGGCAGUGAAAGAGAUCACGGAAGGAGAUGAAGCAGAGGAAAUGAGAAACAGAGCGAAGAAACUUGCGAGGAUGGCGAGGGAGGCUAUGGAGGAAGGUGGGUCUUCUCACUCUGACUUGAAUUCUCUUAUCGAAGAGCUUGUGGGUCUUUCAAAAUGAACGGCCCUGUGCUUUUGUCUCUCAAUUUUCAUCUAAUAAUAAAGUUCCUUUGAGACUUUUGGC